CGAAGGCCGGGAUGGUGCUGCUGACCCCCAAGGCAGUGCAGAGGGCAUCGCUGUUCGUGUCGUUCGGCGGCCUGGUGACCACGUUCGUCACCACGCUCCUGCCGCUGUGGAAGACGAUGAACUCGGACCUGAACGAGAUGGAGAACUGGUACGAGGGCCUGUGGCACAUGUGCAUCUUCACCGAGGAGGUGGGCCUACACUGCAAGGCCUUCGAGUCGCUGCUGGCCCUGCCGCCGAUCACGCUAGCCUCACGCGUGCUCAUGUGCGUGUCGGUGGCGAGCGGCCUGCUCGGCGUGGCCGCCGCCUUCUUCGGCCUCGACGGCGUGGCCAUCGGCCCGGGCUGCCACAGGACGAAGAGGACGCUCCUCGUCCUUGGCGGCGUGCUCAUCUGGGUGUCAGGGGUCACGACCUUGGUGCCGGUAUCACUGAUCGCGUACGUGAUGGUGGUGGAGUUCUGGGAUGAGAGCCUGCCCGACGUGAUGCCGCGGUGGGAGUAUGGAGAGGCCAUGUUCUCCGCCUGGUUCUCCGGCCUUCUGCUGGUGGUCGGAGGGACGUUCCUCUUCGUAGCCGUGUGUAUGGGGGACCAUGAAGCCAGACAGCGAAAGGAAAUUUUCACGCCUCCUCAUGAGCAGCGACCAAAGACCCAGCACUACCUAAAGACGGAAGUGUUAUAGUUUCAUCUCUAUUAGAUUGUUCUGCAGAGAGUUACAGUCUGAUAUAGCAAUAUGAAAGCCAUUUUUUAAAUUUAGAAAGAUGCACAU